AUGUUCGGCUCACAAACCCUGCCCGCUGCGGCGGCCUUCUUGGCCGCCCUGGUGUCUGCCUCACCGGUCUCGACGAGCGAGGUCGCCACAGUGCCCCACGACAUCACCGGCGAGCUCGGCUGCGAGGCCCUGAAGUUCGUCUACGGCUCCGGCAGCGUCUUCUCCCCGGGCGAUGCGGCGUACGACGAGGAGGCGGCGGCCUUUUGGUCCAACACGCAGCUCAUGUCGCCGACGUGCAUCUUCCGCCCCGCUUCGGCGGAGCAGGUCGCCUCGGCGGUGCUGGGCAACAGCCAGACCGGCACAGAGUGGGCAGUCCGUGGCGGCGGCCACAUGGGCAUCAGGGGCGCCAACAACAUCGACAAGGGCAUGCUCAUCGUCAUGUCUGGCAUCAAGACGCUUAGCAUCUCGGAGGACCGCGCUACCGUCAACGUCGGGCCGGGCAACAAGUGGGGUGAGGUGUACGACUACCUUGCGCAGUUUGACGUGGCCGUCGCGGGCGGUCGCCUCGGCCCCGUCGGCGUCCCCGGUCUGCUGCUCGGCGGCGGCAUCAGCUUCUAUGGCCACCAGGCCGGCUGGUCCGCCGACAAUGUGCUCGAGUACGAGGUCGUGCUGGCCGACGGCCGCACCGUCGUCGCGUCCGCCGACGAGAACCAGGACCUGUUUUGGGCCCUCAAGGGCGGCAGCGCCAACUUUGGCAUCGUCACCGACUUCAAGCUGCGGACUUUUCCCUCCAAAAAGGUCUGGGCUGGCGUCUACACCGUUUCGGGCGAGCACAUGACCGCGUUCGAGGAGGCCGUCGCCAAGUACUCCUCCGAGCCGCAGGACCCUCUCUCCCACGCCGUGCCCAUGGUCAUCCCCAUGGGCGGCAACUUCACGGUCGCGUCGGUGAUUCUCUUUUACGACUCCGAGACCGUCUCGGAGCCCGAGUGCUUCAAGGACUUCCUUGCAAUUCCGCCCAUUUCCCCGCCGACGACGGCAUUCAAGACGCUUGCCGAGUUCGCCGACGAGAACGGCGCGCUCGUCGUGCCCGAAGUCAACGACGUGUUCCUGGCCGGCACGACGGUCGGCAAGACGCACGCCGAGCUGCUGGAGGGCGUGCGCAUCACCAACCAGGUCUUCCUCGACGCCGUCCCUGCCCUGCACGAGGCCAUCGGCGGCGCCGACAAGAUGGUCCUAAACAGCAUCAACUGGCAGCCCAUCGGUGCGGCGUGGCAGGCCGGCUCGGAGAAGAUGAACCCGGUCGGCAACGCGCUCGGCAUCGACACGGCCGCCAAGGGCACGUACAUCGCCUGGGCGCUGGCCAUCGAGUGGGUCGACGGACCCGGCCACGACGAGAUUGUCGACAAGUGGGUCAGGGAGACUAUCGCCGCCAUCGAGGACGCCACCAAAGCCGCUGGGCUCUACGAUGCCUUCAACUACAUGGGAGACGCCGCCGGGUUCCAGGAGAUAUAUGCUGGGUAUGGUGAGGAGAACCAGAAGAAGCUGGUAGAGAUUUCGAGAAAGUAUGACCCCGAGAGGGUGACGCAGAAGCUGUGGCCUGGCGGUUUCAAGGUUGGUGUCUAA